GUAGUAUCUCACAGCUAUAAUCCUAGCACUUUGGGAGGCCAAGACAGGAGGAUCGCUUGCGCCCAGGAGUUUGAGAUUGGCCUUGGUCACAUAGGGAGACCCUAUGUGUUUACAAAAAAAAAAAAAAAAAAAAAAAUUUAGCUGGUUGUGGUGGCAUCCACUUGUGGCCCCAACUACUUGGGGGGCUGAGGUGGGAAGAUCACUUGAGCCCAGGAGGGCGAAGUUACAGUGAGCUGUGGUUGUGCCACUGCACUCCAGCCUGGGUGACAGAAUGAGACUCUGUCUCAAAACCAACCAACCAACCAAUCAACCAAGCAGAAACAUUUCCGUAACCAUCUCUUUUCCUUUUUAUCCCCAACUCUUUCUUUGAAUUAUGUGACCUCAAGGACAAAUAACACAAGUGUUUCCUGCUCAGUGUCAGUAAUCUGUUCUUGGAAAUUAUAAAUUCUGUAGGAAAACAAUAGCAUAUUUUACAUACUUAAAAAGGGAAGAUUAGACAGUGUCUCACUUCUAUUCCAACCAGUAUCUUAAAAUGUAAGUAAAAUACAGUACAAUGCUCACUUUGUAAGAGAUCCUUUUUGUGUAUUUUUUUAAAAGUCAACAGACUUUUUAUGAUGUAAAGAACCUUAAAACACAAUUUACUAAUAUGCAAAGAGUUGCUUUUUAUGAUUUAGCACCAGCAGUCUCACUGAUUUCCAUCAAGUUGGCAUUUAUUGUGAUUUGCAAAACUUCUACAUGAGGUUGUGAUGUUCUAGUGAUUGUAUUUGACAAGUAAUUUCACAUUAUCUCCUUCACACGAUUUUCUUAAAAACAUUGAGUUCUGGUGGCUUAGGUGUAUCAGUUACUGUUUUCUGUGUAAAGAACCAACGAAACUCAAUGGCUUAAAAAGAAGUGACCGCUUUAUUUGAUAGAAGUUCUGUUGAUUCACAUUUUGGCGUGUGUUCACCUGGGCAUUUCCUUUGCUAAUGUUGUCUGGAUCACAAAUGAGGCUUUAGUCAUCUGGUGCCUUCACUCACAUGUCUGGUGGUUCAUGCUGACACUUGUCCAAGAAGGCAAGCAACAGUGGGAAAGUACUUUUCCAACAUAUAUUUUCAUCAUAUUUUCUAUGUCCCAUUGGCCAAAGCAAGUCAAAUGGCAGAGCCCCAUUCAUUAUGAGAGCACACUCUAUGAGGUCUUAGAUACAGGGAGACUUGUCACUAGGAAACAUUACUAAAACAGUAUAUCCCAAGAAAUAUACAAUAUGUACAUUUUUCCCCCUAUAUAAUUGUGGGCAAGAAAUGUUGGGUUGCAAGAUGCAUUCUUUCAAUGAUGCUUAGGUAUAUAAAAAAUGCAUCCUUUCAAUGAUGAGUAGGUAUAUAAAAGAUGCAUCCUUUCAAUGAUGCGUAGAUAUAUAAAAGAUGCAUCCUUUCAGUGAUGCUUAGGUAAAUAAAACAUACAUCCUUUCAAUGAUGCGUAGAUAUAUAAAAGAUGCAUCCUUUCAAUGAUGCGUAGGUAUAUAAAAGAUGCAUCCUUUCAGUGAUGCUUAGGUAUAUAAAUGAUGCAUCCUUUCAAUGAUGCAUAGAUAUAUAAAACAUGAAUCCUUUCAAUGAUGCGAAGGUAUAAAAGCAAGAUGUAUUCUAGUGGAAACACCUAUAUGGAAUCAUGUAGAAUCUCCAUAUUAGUAGUGAAAUAGAUAAUGCAGCUGAAUUAUAUUUCUACAAUAUUAAUUUCAUUGAAGACUAAAUGUAUAUUUCUUUGGUUUAAAUUAUUACGUUGUUUCUUUGGAUAAAUUAAUUGUCUCUUAAUCAGUAGGUAAUACAUGUUUUCAUUAAUCCCAAAAUAAAUUGUAUGUAUCUCUACUAAUUAAUGUUCUUGUGGGUACAUCUUCAGUGGGAUAUUUGUUGUCCCUUAUUGAGGCAUGAAUGACUGUUCUGUCACAGGGAGGUUUUGUUGCUGUUUUAGUCUUUUCCAGCUAUUGUGUAGAGCGUUUUGGGCAAGAGAAUCUAGGACCAAGCCACAUCGGUUCUCUGCUUAACCCACUCCAUUCGACUGUUCUCCCAGCUAUGCUUCCAGAGUGCUCUGUGCAUUUCCACGAUCAACAAACGAUGAAUAAAUCUCUGAUGUCCAGACAGUUGACAUAAUUGAAAGAAGCCAGGAAGUUCAUCAGAGACAUAUAUGGCAGGUUGCAAUCACCAACAGCAAAACAUCAACUGAGGAAACAGUUGAAUUAGGAAAAAUACUUAAUUUGAGCUUAAACCGUAUUCCAAAUAUGAUGGUAAAUAACGCAAGCUAUUCAGGAAUGAGGGCUGAGGAGUUAAAUGUAAGUCAGAACAUAUUUAUCUCUAUUGAGCCUUAUGAAAUGCAGGCAGGAGGAAAACUUGAUGAUUGAAGUAUAACUGGGAAAUCUCUCAUGUGUCAUGAGUAUCUUAGUCACCAUAACAAGAUUCAUAUGGGACAGCAGCUUUUUGAAUAUAGUGGACAAGGAAAGCUUUCAGCACUGAGGCAGAGAAGGGUCAUGGUAGAGAGACUGCAUGUACUUAUAAUGAAUAUGGGAAAUCCUGUGAUAAGUCAGCACUCUCUUCCCAGAAGAUAAAUGUUGAAUGUAAUGUAUGUGGGAAAAUGUUCAGUAAAAAGUCUAAACUUACCAAACAUCAGAAAAUACACACAGGAGACAAACCCUAUAAAUGUAUACAAUGUGAGAAAUCCUUCAUUAGGAAAUCAUAUCUUGCAAAUCAUCAGAGAACACAUACACAGGAGAAACCCUUUGCAUGUACCAAAUGUGAGAAAUCCUUCUGUCAGAAGUCAAAUCUAAUUGUUCAUCAGAGAAUCCACACAGGAGAAAAGCCCUAUGAGUGUCAUGAAUGUGGGGAAACCUUCUGCCAAAUGUCAGCCAUUAUUUAUCAUCACCGAAUACACACAGGAGAAAAACCCUAUGAAUGUAUGGAAUUUGGGAAAACCUUCUACCAGAGGUCAGCCCUCAAUGUACAUCAGAGAAUUCACACAGGAGAGAAACCAUGUAAAUGUAAUGAAUGUAGGGAAACUUUUUAUCAGAAGUCAGUCCUCACUGUACAUCAGAGAAUUCACACAGAUGAGAAACCAUAUGAAUGUAAAGAAUGUAGGAAAACUUUCUACCAUAAGUCAGCCCUCACGGUACAUCAGAGAACUCACACAGCUGAGAACCCAUAUGAAUGUAAAGAAUGCAGGAAAACUUUUGCUCAGAAGUCAAAACUUUCUGUAUAUCAGAGAACUCACACAGGGGAAAAACCCUAUGAAUGUAAUGAAUGUGGAAAAACAUUUUGCCUGAAUUCAGUUCUCAUUAUACAUCAAAGAACUCACUCAGGUGAGAAACCAUAUGAAUGUAAUAAAUGUGGAAAAACCUUUAGCCAGAAGUCAAAUCUCAGGAUGCAUCAGGGUACUCACACAGGGGAAAAACCCUAUGAGUGUAAUGAAUGUGGGAGAACUUUUAGCCAGAAGUCAAACCUGAGGAUGUAUCAGAGUACUCACAUAUGGGAGAAACCCUACAAAUGUAGUGAAUGUGGAAAAUCCUUCUACCAGAAGACAGUGCUCACUAUGCAUCAGAGAACUCACACAGGAGAAAAACCCUAUGUUUGUAACGAAUGUGGAAAAACCUUUCAUCAGAGGGCGAACUACAGCAGGCAUCAGAAAACUCACAUGGGACAGAAGCCUUAUAAAUGUAAUGGAUGUAGGGAAACCUUCUUCCAGAAGUCAGCCCUCACUGUACAUGAAAGAAUUCACACAGGGAAGAAAUCCCAUGAAUGUAAUGAAUGUGGGAAAACAUUCUACCAGAAGUAAUCCCUCAUGAUACAUGAAAGAAUACACACAGGGGAGAAACCAUAUCAGUGUAAAGAAUGUGGGAAAAGCUUUUGCCAGAAGUCAACCCUCAAUAGACAUGAGAGAACUCACACAGGUGAGAAACCAUAUGAAUGCAAAGAAUGUAGACAGGCUUUCUACCAGAAGUCAGCGCUCACUGUACAUUACAGAACUCACUCAGGUGAAGAGGCCUGUUAACAUACUGAAGGUGUGAAAAGCCAUAUUAGCAAAUGAAAUCCUACAGCAUAUCAGUGGAUGCAUACCGGAAAUAAACCCUGUGUAUGUAACCAGUGUGAGAAAUCCUUCAGUCACAAGUCAAGCCUUACUGUCCAUCAGAGAAGUCACACAAGGAAAGCCCUAUGACUGUAUGAGUGUUGGAAACAGCUUUUAGUAGAAGUCAGACUUCAGGAGGCAUCAAGAAAUUCAUACAAGGGAGAAAGCUUAAGAGUAUAAUGAAUGUGGGCUGGGCGCAGUGGCUCAUGCCUGUAAUCCCAGCUCUUUGGGAGGCCAAGGUGGGUGGAUCAUGAGGUCAGGAGAUCGAGACCAUCCUGGCUAAGAUGGUGAAACCGUGUCUCUAAUAAAAAUACAAAAAAAUUAGCUGGGCAUGGUGGUGGGUGCCUGUAGCCCCUGCUACUUAGGAGGCUGAGGCAGGAGAAUGGCAUGAACCUGGGAGGCGGAGAUUGCAGUGAGCCAAGAUCACGCCACUGCGCUCCAGUGACAAAGUGAGUCUCCAAUCUCAAAAAAAAAAAGAGUGUAAUGAGUGUGCAAAAUCCUUUUGUCUGAAGUAACACCUCAGCAGGUAUUAGGGAAUUCACACAAGAGAGAAAUCCUGUGUGUCAGAGACUGGCUGUGUGUUCUACAAAAUUCACCCUUUUAUCUGUUGGACACACAGACUACAUUUCUCAGCCCCCUGUUAUUGUGGGUGCAUUAUAUAACAGCUCUGUAGUAGAAUAUGUAUGCAAGUAGCCAGGCGCAGUAGCUCACGAUUGUAAUCCCAGCACUUUGGGAGGCUGAGGUGGGCAGAUCACGAGGUCAGGAGUUUGAGACCAGCCUGACCAACAUCGUGAAACCCUGUUUCUACUAAAAAAUAUAAAAAUUAAUAGCCAGUCAUGGUGGUGUGCACCUGUAAUCCCAGCUACUCUGGAGGCUGAGGCGGGAGAAUGGUGUGAACCCAGGAGGCAGAGGUUGCAGUGAGCUGAAAUCGUCCCAUUGCACUCCAGCCUGGGUGACAGAGCAACACUCCAUCUCAAAAAAAAAAAAAAAAAAAGUAUGUGAGUGAUGAUCCUUACGGGCCUGGCUCUCACACAGAGUGACAUAAAGCCUUCCACAUUUUCUCAGAUCCUGUGGUACUGAAGUACUGAUGACCCCUAUGAUGGCCUUGGGAGCCAUAGGUGGGAAAAGGUGACUGCUUUAAGACUGAAGGAAUUACAUACACCUACUAUGUCCCAACAAAAAUUAAAAAUAAAAACAUUGAACUGAUUGUCUA